AUGACAAGUGAUAUCCUAAAGAUCCAAGGCUUUGACAUCUCUCCAGAGUUCACAUACCCUCUGUUUUUCUUACUGCUGUUUGUUUAUUUCACCCUGCUGUUUUCUAACAUUGGAGUUCUUGUGCUCAUUGUCACUGAGAAGAGUUUGCAUCAGCCCAUGUACAUUCUUUUCUGUAAUCUGUCUGUCAAUGAUCUAAUAGGUAACACAGUCCUGCUGCCUCAACUGAUGGCUCACAUCAUCUCAACAGAACGGCUCAUCACCUACAACCAGUGUGUGGUUCAGGCGUUUCACAGCCACACAUUCGGAUCAGCCUCACAUAUGAUACUCAUGAUCGGUCUCACUGUGAGACUGUCCCGUUGCAGAUCAGUUGUACAAAACGCCUACUGUGACAACGCAUCACUGUUCAAGCUCUCCUGUGAGGAUGUGUCCAUCAACAACAUCUAUGGGCUCUUUUUUACUGUGCUGCUGUUCAGCUGCUCAAUGGGAGGCAUUGCUGUCACCUAUUUCAGAAUAGCUCUUAUCUGCUGGGUGAAGAAAAACAACGAGUUGAAAAACAAAGCACUUCAAACCUGCGCCAGCCACCUCGUUCUUUAUCUCAUCAUGCUCUGGUCAGGGUUUUUAACAAUCAUACUGCAUCGUUUCCCAAAUUACCCAGACUUGAGGAAAAUUGCAUAUAUUUUAUUUCAUGUGAUCCCUGCUAAUUUGAAUCCAAUCAUUUAUGGGAUGCAGACAAAGUCAUUACGUGAUAAAAUUAUCCAAAUACUGCAAAGAAAAGUGACUCCAACCUGA